AUGAAGCUGAAGAUCAACAAGGCGUGCGACAUCGCCUCCAUCUCCGUCCUCCCUCCCCGGAGGACCGGAGGGAGCAGCGGUGGCGGUGGCGGGAUGAGCGCGCCUGCUGCUGCUUCCGCGGCGGCGGCGGCGCAGCAGCAGCGGUCCCAGUCCAUGUCGCAGAAGUCCUUCUCGCAGGGAGGAGGAGGAGGCGGCGGCCCGUUCUCGCAGGGCGUCGGCGCGUCCUUCUCGCAGGCCAUAGGCAGCGGUGGCGCGUCCUUCUCCCAGGCCAGAGGCGCGUCCUUCUCGCAGGGCAGCGGCACCGGAGACGCCGCGUUCUCUCAGGUCGGUGGAGGCGGAGGCGCGGCCUUCUCUCAGGGCGGUGGAAGCGGAGGCCCCGCGUUCUCUCAGGCCGGCGGAGGCGGAGGCGCGGCCUUCUCCCAGGGCGGUGGAAGCGGAGGCGCGUCCUUCUCCCAGGGCGGUGGCAGCGCGCCGCUCGUGCACGCGCAGUCGCAGCUCUCGCAGGCCUCCCUCGACGCGAACCUCCUCAGCCUCCUCUCGCAGGCUCCCGCGCGCGACCAGGACUCGUCGAAGAGGACAUCUUCAUAUCCUGCCAGUUCAGCUUCUUGUGUGCGCGAGGAAUCUCAGCUGCAACUGACAAAGAUACCAACCAACCCUAUCCACCGCUGGAGCCCCUCUCUUCCGGAUAGCAGAUGUCAGGUUAAUGAGGAAGUUGAGCGCAAGUUUCAGCAUCUGGCAAGUUCAGUACAUAAGAUGGGAAUGAUAUUAGACUCGGUGCAAAAUGAUGUGAUGCAGUUAAACAGAGCCAUGAAAGAGGCAUCACUAGACUCUGGUAGCAUUCAGAAAAAGUUUGUGCUCCUAGAGGACUCUCUAAAGCAAAUUCUUAAGGGACAAGAUGAUCUCAAAGCAGUCCUUGAAGGAAUCACAGAAAGAAAUCCUGACCAACUGAGUGUUCUCAACUCUCUCGCCAGCAAACAGGAUGAGAUGUCCUCGUUACUUUCAGUCUUGCCAAAGCAUGUGCAAAUAGAACUGGGGCAACUGAAGGGUGACAUCAGCAGAAUUUUCUCAAAGGAGAUAGAGGGGAUAGUUAGAGCUGUUGAUACUAGGCUUGACCGGAUGCAAAUGCUGGCAAACCAGAGCUGCACCACCAAUGCAAAACCCCUGAUGAACCAGACAAGUGUAACAAAUGGAAGCCCCCUGAUGAAGCAGACACCAGCAGCAGAUGGAAGCACCCUGGUGAACCAGACAAGAGUAGCAGAUGGAGGCCCCCUGAUGAACCAAGGACCAGUAGCAGAUGAAAUCCCCCUGAUGAACCAAGGACCAGUACCAGAUGGAAGGCCGCAGAAGAAACAAAGACCAGUAGCAAAUGGAAGGUCCCAGAGGAAGGAACAAACACCAGUAGCAAAUGGAAGGCCCCAGAGGAAGAAACAAAGACCAGUAGCAAAUGGAAGGCCCCAGAGGAACCAAAGACCAGUACCAAAUGGAAGGCCCCAGGUGAAGCCAACAAAAACAGCAGAUGGAAGCUCGCAGAUGAACCAGAAACCCGAAGCAGAUGGAAAGGCCCUAAUGAACCAAGUACUAGCAGUAACUCAAGCUGCCAGUGCUCCUGCGCCCUUGGCUUAUCAGAGGAAGACAGAAGGUGUGAAGCCAAAUGUGGAAAAGGGGAUGGCAAAGGCCGCCACAGGUGCACAGGAAUUGGGUAGCUCAGGCGACAGCAGUCCGGCGCCACCUAAAGAGCAAGAGUUGGCGAUUCAGAAGGACAAUGAAGAGGCACCAGUCAACAAGGCGAUGUUGACCAUUGUCAUCGACUCGGACGACGACGAGGAGGGGGGUGGCAGCGCCGGGAGCGCGUCAUGCGUCACGCUGAAGGCCGAAGCAGGUAGAGCCAGCCAGCCGCUGAAUUGA